AUGUUACUUCGACGUGUGUAUAAGCAGCAUAGAUGGUUAGCAUCACAUGUGAAGUUCCUAUCAACACAGAAAUCCUCUAUAGACAUAAAAGUUGACAAUGAUGGAAUCGCUAUACUUAAUUUACAAAGACCUCCAGUAAACAGUUUCAGCAUGGACUUCCUCAAAGAACUAAGCAAAUCAUUAGACUUUGUUGAGAAUAAUAAAAUCACAGCCAUGAUAUUGACAUCAGCAUUUCCAAGAGUAUUUUCAGCUGGUUUGGAUAUAAACGAAGUUUACAAGCCUGAUGCUGUCAGGUUUAAGGAAUUCUGGACAACACUUCAAGAAGUCUGGAUGAAAUUGUUCGGUGCAAGAUUUAUAACAGCCGCUGCUAUCAAUGGUCAAUCUCCGGCAGGUGGUUGUCUCAUGGCAAUGAGUUGUGAGUACAGAGUAAUGAUUAAAGGUACUUUCACUAUUGGGAUGAAUGAAACCAGCCUGGGACUUAUCGCUCCGACCUGGUUUAUGGAACUCGUAAAAAAUACCAUCAAUGUGAGAGACGCUGAAUACGCGUUUACUACGUCAAGGAUGUUCACACCUGAAGAGGCGUUAAAGGUAAGACUUAUAGAUGAAAUAGCCGCCGACAAAGAUGACGCCAUUGCUAAAUGUAAGAGAUUCAUAAAAAAGUUCGAUGAGAUCACACCGUCAGCUCGAAUAAACACCAAGAUGAAGCUGAGGGGACCGGCCAUUAAAAAACUCCAAAAUACAAGGCAAGAAGAUACUGAAGAAAUAUAUCAAUUGGUCAUACAUCCUGACACACAGAAAGUCGCCAUCUUCCAGUUGUACUCGUCUCCAGUGUCAGCCAAUCCCGCCAUCAUCACUGGAUACGACCCCAUGGAAGUGUGCAUUGAGAACUGCGCCCAGUGUAAGAAAAUGUUGGGAGCAUGGUUCGAAGGACAGCUCUGUGCGGAAUCAUGUAUUAAAUACAGAGGAAAGAUGAUCCCGGACUGUGAAAACUACGCUUCCAUUUCACCAUUUCUUAACAAACUUUGA